AAAAUGCCUAAGCUGCAACUGCUGGCAAGUAAAUCCUGGGUUUCUUUUAAGGUGCUACUUUCCAGACAGUUGCUCUUAUGCAGUUCAGAAAGGGGUGGAAUCGUUUUCACAUAACUGAGUUGUGAUUUGUUGAGUUCACAGACUUUUUCCCUUAAAAUCCCAACCCUCUCUCUCUUGCUUGCUCUCUUUUCUGUUUUUUUUUUAUGAGAAGUUAACUCGCUGCUUCUCAGAGCACAUCAGCUGUAAUCUGGACUCCAGUGAGUUCAUACUCUUGACACCAUGGGCUCGGAAGCUGAUGAAUGCAAGGAAGGAUUUAUUGCAGGAAUUAUUAUAUUGAGAAGCAGCACUGGAAAAAAUGUUUUCCUGCAGCAACUGUUGUGAAAGGGGAGAAUGUACAUUCCUAUGGCAACAUGCACGUUCCAGCCCAGUUGUACAGUAGCCCAGAAAGCAGUAUGCAUGCCAUGGCAUGAAACAUUCUUCGGCUGACAUGCAGGAAGCAUCAGACAACUUUGUAAAAGGGGUUUCACAUGAAGUUGGCCACAGAUGUCUUCAAUUCCAAAAGCUUGGCCAUUCAGGCCCAGAAGAAGAUUCUUGGCAAAAUGGUGUCUAAAUCAAUAGCAACUACCUUGAUAGAUGAUACCAGCAGUGAUGUUUUGGAUGAGCUCUACAGGGUCACAAGGGAAUACAUUCAAAACAAGAAGGAUGCAGAGAAGAUCAUUAAAAAUCUCAUUAAAACAGUCAUCAAGUUAGCAAUUCUCUAUAGGAAUAACCAGUUUAACCAGGAUGAAAUAGCACUGAUGGAAAAGUUCAAGAAAAAGGUUCAUCAACUGGCCAAAACAGUGGUCAGUUUCCAUCAAGUGGAUUAUACCUUUGACAGAAAUUUCUUGUCCAAACUGUUGAAUGACUGUAGAGAUCUACUUCAUCAAAUCAUCCAGCGCCACCUGACUGUAAAAUCACAUGGACGUGUCGACAAUGUGUUUGAUCACUUCUCUGAUUGUGAAUUCUUGGCUGCCUUGUACAAUCCUUUCGGACCUUAUAAACUCCACUUGCAAAAACUCUGUGAUGGUGUCAAUAAAAUGCUUGAUGAAGGGAACAUAUAAGUACUUGCAUUAAGGUUGACUGUUAUUAUUAGUUGAUGGAAUGUGGCUGAUUUAUGAAGGAAUAAGGGAAGCACAAAAGUAGUUACUUAAGUAUGACAGAUGUUUCAAAAAGGUCUUUACCAAAUUGAAUCCUUAUUAUGAGCCAGCCUCUGCUAUUCCUAGUCCAUCUAGAACAAAGACUUCAAAUGAUACUGCUUUAUUGUGCUUUGCCUAAGAAAACAGCUGGAGAAAAGGUUAAAGAACAGAACUGAAGAGGAAGACUUAAAAUGAAAUAAUGUGUUAUCAUAUGAUACGAGUUAUGGUUUCUGUGUGUUGAGAACAUAUUAAAUCAUCAGAAGGCCAUUUUUUGUAACAGACUAGUAUGGUGAUGGUACACCAUGUAAUGUCUUUAAUUUACAUAUAAAAUAUAUAGUCGAUUCAUUUUAUAUUCACAUGUGCUCUAUGUAUUUGCAUAGAUCACAGCUUUCUAGUGCUGCUUUUUUGAAGAAUUCAGUUUUACAGUUUUCAUAACAGUGAUGUGGAGUUUGAGCUGUUUUGUUAAUAUGCAGUUUAGUGAUUACAAAAAAAAAUUAUAUUUGAAAACCUGGCAAGUGACCCUUACAGAUCACCUCUGGUGCCUUUUAAGCUUUGAUCAUUUUGGGAACAGUAAAUUACAGUAAAAUAGCCUGACUAGGAAAACGUAGUCCCUAGAAAAUACCUGUAAUAUAUAUCAUUUUAUUUUGAAAACUAAGUCUCUAGUUGAAAGCUGAAUUACAAUACAGUAAAUUAGUUAUGCAGUUAAUUAAUACCCUGGAGGGUCUUGCCACUAAAUCUCCAGUCUCUUCUGAAACCAUAAGAGUCAGUGUAUAGGAUUCUGUAUAUAGUAAUGUGAAUUCAGGAAACAAACAUCUGAAAAAGAAAGAAAUUUCAAACCAAUUUGCUAUGUGUACAGUGAAUAUAAAAGCAGAAGUGAGUGAGUUUAUGGUAUUUUGUUGGGAUACAUGCUAUUUAAAUAAUAGAGAAAUGUCAUUUUUAAUACAGUAGCUUAAGUGAAAGAUUUGUAUCUAGCUCCCUCUCCUUCACCCCACCCCCUGGAAAAAAUGACUUUUCAGACACAGUAAUGUGCUUCAAAACAUACAGCUAUUGCAUUUCAAACACCCGAAGAGUUUUUUAGGAAGCCUGUGAAGAACUUUGUGGUUUAUUUAAUUGCCAAAAUGUUGCUGUUUGCUAUGUCUUUUGUUUCAUGAGUAAACCAAAGAAGAUUUGCACUCUACACUUUGUGCAUGUUUUAUUCUGUUAUAUAUUAAAUUAUAGAAAGAAAGUGCGAGACAAUGGGUAGACCAGAACAAUCUUUCAUAUAUGACCUCCCUAUUAUUUCUAGUUUUUUCUAGAAUGGAAGAACAAUUCAGUCUUCACAUUAAUUCUAUCACUGUACUCUGAUUUUUUUUUUUCUUUUUUUAAAGAAGUCUGUCAAAUAUGGGUGGGUUUUUUUUUUGAGGGAUGGGGCUGGAUUUGUGGAUUUAGACUGCCAGCUUCUUUUACAUAAGAGCCAGUGAUGAAGGGUUGAGGUCACAACCAUCUGGAGAACUUCUUUGCCAGCAGAUGAAAUCUUAGUGUCAAAUAUUUUUAACAUUGCACUUUGUCCAUCGUAGGUCAUUUUUGUUUAAUGAUGCAAUAACAUAAAGUUACUGUACCUGGUCAGUAAUGUUGUACAGUAAUUAUUUUGUAACUUUGCAGUUACAUUUUUUUUCUUUUCCCUCCAACUUUCUGUCUACUGAAAGGAGAAUGGGAAGAGUUGGUGACAUCUAGAAACCUGUGUUCAAUAUUUGUAGACUUAGGCUACAAACAGAUGUUGCAUUUGUCCCUGGACAAGUUGUGCCAGCGUUUGUCCCAGAACAAAAACAUCCUGGGAUUGACGUAUACAGAUUCAGAUAUCUGACCAACUGCGCUUUGUCCCAGAAUAAAAUGGUUACCUUGGGACAUGCAAUGUCUGUUUGUAGCCCUUGAGACUCUAUAUCUAUUGCUAGUUUUACCCACUCCUGCUCCAAAUGCCAUCAUUUUGAAUUAAUUUUAAGUCUACUUGCAAAGAGAAUGUGAUGGGUUUUUUUAGAGCCAGGCAUACUAUAUACAUUCGAUAUGCAAACUUCUAUGCGUGGACUUUAGUCAGGACGUGAAACAUUCUGGUUAUUCAAUUUUGAGGUUUCCCUUGAGCAGAAAUAGGUUUAAAAAUGCUUUUGUUAUAGGGGGAAGAAAUGUCCAAAAGUCCGUGAACCUGAACCAUUAUCUAGCAAUAUGUUUGCUUCUUCAAAUAGGUUAAACUGAUGAUGAAUACUAGAAGUUUGACAGCUAUAAGAUAUCACAUCUAGUUGGCAACUUUGACAUGUUCUUCCAGGCUGCAAAAGCAUAACUAGCAUUCUUGUACAAUUAUAAAGAAGGGACUUUCAUGAAAAUGAGUUUAAACAAUUUGAUCACAGAUCACCAAAGGUCUAAUUUUGUAGAGAUUAUGAAAUGGUACAUGCACUGAGCUAUCUAACUUUAUAGUUCAUUUAUUUUUACUGUGUAAACUAUUUAUAAUGAGCAGAGUUUGAAAAUAAAUUGACUUAAUGGCUUGGUGAAGACUA